GCCUCUCCUGCCGCCGCGGGCGGGCGCGCCGGGCCGAGCCGGGCCGGGCCAGGCCGAGCCGGGCCGCGCGGGCCCCCCCGGGGCCAUGGCGCUGCCCGUGCUGUCCAGCUCGGCCGUGAAGUUCCGCCGGGUCCUGGCGCAGUUCCCGCAGGAGCUCAGCCUGGCCUUCGCCUACGGCUCGGGGGUGUUCCGGCAGGCGGGGGCCUCGGCCGAGCGGGGCGAGACAAAUAUGCUGGACUUUGUGUUUGCUGUUGAUGAUGCUGUGGCCUGGCAUAUGACGAACUUGUUGAAGAACAGGAGCCAUUAUUCCUUCCUUAAAUUUUUUGGGCCCAAAAAGAUAAGUACCAUACAGAAAUAUGGAGCAGGAAUUUACUACAACACCUUAGUGCCAUGCAAUGACAGGAUGAUAAAAUAUGGAGUAAUUAGCACUGAUGCCCUGAUUGAGGAUUUGUUUCACUGGAAAACUCUCUAUGUGGCUGGGCGCCUACAAAAGCCGGUGAAAAUCCUGGCCCAGAAUGAGAACAGCAGGCUGCAAGCUGCUCUUGUCAGCAACCUGAAGAGUGCAGUGACAGCAGCCUUCCUCAUGCUGCCAGAGAGCUUCUCUGAAGAGGAGCUUUACAUGCAGAUUGCAGGACUCUCCUACUCAGGUGAUUUCAGAAUGAUAAUAGGAGAGGACAAAUCCAAAGUGCAGAACAUAGUGAAGCCCAACGUUGCCCAUUUCCAGAAGCUGUACAGUACCAUACUCCAGGACUGCCCUCAAGUGGUGUACAAGCACCAUCUGGGGAGGCUUGAGAUUGAUAAAAGUCCGGAAGGUCAAUUUACACAACUUAUGGCUUUACCAAAGACCCUGCAACAAAAGAUAACUGCUCUGGUAAGCCCUCCUGGAAAGAACAGAGAUGUGGAAGAAAUUUUACUGCAAGUUGCCCAUGACCCUGACUGUGGAUUUGUGGUGCAUCAAGGCAUCUCAGGAAUUGUGAGACCCUCCAGUAUAGUGCAGAGUGCUAAAACCAUCCUGACAGCUGGGGCAAAGAAAUCUAUAACUUACAGUUUGAAGAAAUUAUAUAAGAUGACAAAGGGAGGGUUAAAGAAGACAUCUUGAGUCUUUACAUACUGUGUAUGGGUAAAUAAAUGGUACUUUUUCAUUAAAUGUUUUGCAGAUGUGACUUUGCAUACUUGAGAAGAUUACAGUGUAUUUAAGAAGUCAGUUCUGAUGAUUUACAUGCCCAGUUUUCUUAAUGAAAUAGGAACUGUUUUAAUGGGAGGUUUGUUGGCAAUAGGGCAAAGGAAUUAUACUCUGUAAAUACUGAAAUGAAUUUUCCUGUAUAUUUUGAAGAACCUUAAGUAUAAAAGAUUGAUUGUACAGAGGGAUUAAAACCCAAAGUCACUCAUUUUCUUUGUGUUGGUAACUGUACUUCCCAAAAUACCCUCAGAGUUUCUUCAAAAUAAUCAGUAUCCCAGAUGUAGUUCUUUCAAGGAUUUACAGGACUGGAGAAUCCACUGAGUUUUCAGUAGAUAUGAAACUGUCCUCUGACAUUCCUGCCCUGAGAAGUUCAUCCUGGAAUUCCUCUGAGGAUGCUCCCUGUGACAUCUUGAACCCUAAAAAUUGACUUUCAGUGGGGGAGAGGGACUAGAGCAGCUUGGCAGGUAUCCCAUCCUUUAAUAAGAAUAUCUAAUAAUAUUGAUAAAUAAGGAUAUUUAAUAAUAAUGAAAUUCUCUGUCCUCUCAUGGGGCUGAGAUGAAAAGUGCCCAAUCCAUGGGCAUUGAUUGUCACAAGGGCCAGAGUUGGAAGGAAAAUCAGAAUUCCAUGGAUCUGUUUGGGCAAACUUGUAAUAUGAUAAACAAAAGCACAGAUUGUUUGAUUCUUUGAUUAUCUUUUUUUCCUUUAAAAUACUUCCCAGAAAGAUGGACCUUGAACUUCCUUUGAAUUAGCUAACUAAAGAGAACUGGAGUUUUACAUGACUUAUUUACAUUAAUCAUGCUGUGAAAGAAUGGGCACUGCUGGCAGUAUCCAUGUCUGGUGCAGUAAAUUGGGAGGAUCUUUUGGAAAUAGAAUAUUUUUCACACUGACUCUGGUGGGUUUGCUAAUUUGGGAAAUUUUCCUUAAUAGAAAUAAAUUCAGCCAAGGUUUCCUUUUCCGUGUGAGAAUAUCAAUGAUAAAAGUAGUAAUGGAAAAAAAAGGAAAUAAAAGGUAUCUUUCCUGAUCAGCA